CUCCUAACAAUCCUAUCCAUCAAUACUCAUCCUCCCCUCGAAUCAGUUCAUCAAUCCAUCUAGCCUACAAACCAUAACCACAAAUAGCAAUCCUCCAAGCAUGGCCCCAGGCCCAUUCUCCCGCCAACAUCCUGAUGAGAUCCACACCCCCAGCUGGCACGCAGCAAGCAACCGCCCCAUCGUGGACGGCAAAUACAACGAUCCCGAAACCGGCGAAGUCCGAAAUGCUACAGGCUUCGAGUUUUCCGGACCCCCUGCUGUUGAUGUUAUCAUUACAAAUCUCCAUGAGGACUCGUCCACCUCCGUCCGGCGCGUUCAGCUCCCCUUUCGUGUGGAGGCGCUGCUAGUGUGGAUUAUGCGUAUAGUGGACGAACGCAAGCUACAGAUAGACUCUCUGAAUGCUACUCCGUAUGCUAUUCGAGUUGUGCUGGCUCAUGAGUUGAGUGAGGAGGAGUUCACUGAAGUUGCUGACGUGAUGGCGAACGGAAUUUGGAAUUAUCGGCAAUGAAGAAUGCUCUAAAGUGGUGAGACUGGGAUGGACGGAGUCGAUAACGUUUGUGUGCUUUUUUUGCGGGGUGGGACCCGUAAUAUGGGGCAAAGGGUGUUGCUUUAUUUGGUUAUUGGCCUUCGGGCUAGACUGUCACAUUGGAAGUUCGACUGGCGUGGGGUUGUCUGAAGACUCAAUGCUGUGUAACCUACCUUUCAAUAGUCUUGGAC